AUGGCAGAGAAGAGGACGUUUGAUGCUGCAUUCGAUGGGCAUCUUGCCCAUGUCGUGCAUCAGAAUUCUACGAGCAGCUCAAAGCAACCAUGGGAGAGAAGCAUUGUUAAUGUGCCGAGUGUUUUGCCGAGUGCAUUUCUGGGAAAGGGGCGUCUUGGGAAUGUGCUUACACAUACAGCUGCUGCUCCUGUGAAAGCUCUGAGUGGCCCGCCGGCUAUAAAUCUGACUGCCACUGGCGGCAAGCUGCCACGGAAGGUUGGGCCUUCUUGGGUUCGGAGACAGUCGGAUAACAGGCAUGCGGCUGUCAUGAAGUGGCUUCGGAUUGCGAAAGAGGGCGGCGACUUCUUCGGGGUCUGUGCCAGAGUGGCGAAGGAUGCUGAAGCUGGAUUGCCGGCCUCCCUGCAGGAGUCUCUAGGAGAUGUUUUCUCGCUUAAGGCGAGCAGUACGCUUCACAGCAGGGCGGGCCCGGUCCUAAGAUACAUGGCAUUCUGCUGGCGCAUCAGAGAACAGCCUUUUCCUUUGUCUGAGCAGAAGAUGUAUCGCUUCGUCAAAGAGUAUUGCAGUGGAGCUGCUCCUACCUUUGCAUCCAGCUUUAUGAGUUCCGUUGGCUUCAUGCAAUAUGUCUUGGAGGCGAAGGUCCCGGACGGUUGUGUUAGUAGCAGGUUGGCUGGCGCGGUUUCGAAGCUCUACUUGGAGAAGAGAAAGCUGCAACAGAAGCCGCCAUUGACGGCUUCACAGGUGCGGGCUCUGGAGCGAAUCGUGCUUGGACUUAUGCCUGAAGUCCGCACAGAUGUCGAUCGCUACGCGGCCGGGUGCUUUUUAUAUUGUGUGUUUGCGAGAGCCCGUUUUUCGGACAUGCAGUGUUCUGGCGAGCUGGCGAAGGACGUCGUGCAAGGAGAAGACGGACCGCGCGGUUACCUUGAAGCGAGAGUCACCAGGAGCAAGACGAGUCAUAAUCUGGAGCGCAAAACCCGAUAUCUUGCUAUGGUCAGCCCUAUAUGGGGUCUCGAGCAGGAUUCUUGGGCGAUGGCCUGGAUGGAGGUAGCCGGCAGGGCUGGGCCUGCAUGGGGGCCUGACAUGCCCCUGCUACCGUCCCCCACCGAGGGGGGCCAAUGGCAGAAGGCGCCUAUGUCUGCGCAAGCCGGAGCGCGGUGGCUUCGCCACCUUCUCUAUCGUGCAGGCGAGGAUGUUUCGUUGGUCAAGGCCGCUGGUACUCACUCCUGCAAAGCUACGCUCUUAUCUUGGAUGUCUAAGUGGGGAGCUAGUAAGGAAAUCCGGUCGAUACUCGGAUAUCACUCCAGUGCCAACGCCGGCACGGAUGUUAUCUACGCGAGGGACAGCGUCUCCCCUGCGUUGCGUGAGUUGGAGGAAAUGGUUUCUGCGGUCGCUUACAGGCGGUUCUUCCCGGACGCCACGCGCUCGGGCAUGUUUGCGGAGUCUUUGGCUGCCAGGGGAGAAGCUCAUGACAAGGCCGAGGUCGGCUCAGAUUCUUCUUCCGACAGGAGCGAUGAUGAGGAGGAGCCAGAUACUCUCGAGGAGGAGAAGGUCGUUGAGGACAGUGUCGGCGAAUUUGAGCCGAGCGGCUGCCUUCGAGAAAAUCUGGAGGGCAAGACGGUCUUUCGGCAUGUUACCACCCGCUUCAUACACUUGGUCGCUUCUGAGGAGGGCACAAAUUUUAAGUGUGGCAGACAGAUUACAUCGUCUUACUUGGAGUGCAACGCGACUCCCAGGUUUUUGCAUCCAAUCUGCAGGCAGUUUUUUCCAGAGGCGAGGUGA